GACCUCCCAAUGCCUCCAAUGAUAGAAGGAACUGAAGAAUGUCACCAGAUGAUGAUGCAAUGAGUACACCACCACUUGCAAGAAGUGGCCCGCCUAAACCUCGUCCUAAUUUGGUCAGGCCAAAAAUCCUGAAUGCAAAACGACAAGACCGUACCUGUCUUGAAGACUGGAGUGAAAGAUGUGUUGAAGUCUUUGAUAUAAUAGCCCAGAUUGGAGAGGGAACCUAUGGGCAAGUGUACAAGGCAAGGGCAAAGGAUAAGAAGAAUGAUGAAAUGGUUGCCUUGAAAAAGGUAAGAUUAGAGAACGAGAAAGAAGGUUUCCCUAUUACUGCUGUACGAGAAAUCAAGAUCUUGAAGCAGCUGAAUCACAAGAAUAUUGUAAACUUAAAGGAAAUUGUAACAGACAAGCAGGAUGCUGUUGACUUCCGACAU